GCUUUGACAAAAAUACGCCUGUUACAAACAUCCCUAUUAUUGUAAUAGAAGAAGGCUCCCAAGAAACUGAAAGUAGUGACUUACUAAAGAUUUUUAACGUUGACAAAUCUGAUUCCCACUGGAAUUUACGCACUGAUAGUACUAAUGGUUUGAACACAAAAGAAGAGUCAAAACCUUUAUCAACAAAAUCCAGAGAUGAUGUUACAAUAGCGAUAAUGAAACUAAUUUUACGAAUUAUCCAAAUCCACCGGACAACCCCUUUCUCUGAUAAAAUAAGAGCUUUUGGUAAAAAAAUGUUUUACCAGAGAGUUUUAAUACUUUUGACAAUUGCUGCUGUUACCUCGUUGGGUCUUGACCUUUAUGAAGAUUUUAGUGAAAAUGCCCUUGUUAAACUUCGAUGGAUUGAAGGAACCCUUAUAUCUAUUCAUGAUGUUUUAAUUGGAGAUAUAAUUCAAAUAGAACUUGAUGUUAUUCCUGCUGAUGGAAUUUUAAUUUCUAGUUAUAACAUUCAUUGUGAUCAAUCUGAUGAACUGGGUGGGCCAAAAAAUGGAAAAAUCAAUUUUAUGGGAUCAAAACCGGAAACUGCUUUACUACAAUUUCUUUUGGAUUUAGGUGUAAAUUAUAAACAUUUAAAAGAGGAUGCCAAAACUAUACAAUUUUAUCCGUUCAGUUCUGAACGAAAAACUAUGGGUUUAAGAAUUCUUGCAAUAGCAUAUCGUGACUUAGAACAAUGGUCUCUUGAUGAGGUAACUUUAGAUCCUGAGGGUGCUACCGGUGGUAUUUACACAGGAGGUAUAGUGAUUGAAGAUCCUGAAUUUCGUAACUUAUCACCUGAAAAAUUGAAAGAGAUUCUUCCACAACUUCAAGUUCUUGCAAGAUCUAAUAAGUGUCGAAUUGUCACUUUACCAAGGGAAGCAUUACUCAAAAGAGAGGUUCCGGAGUUUACAUAUCAGCAUCCAUUCAAUAAGGAGAGAUCGGUGUGUACUGCAAUUGAUGUCAACAUUAAUUCAGUGUUUAACACCGUAAUGGGUGCUGAGUACGACUUUUCAGAUCGGUCGCCCUAUGUUGGGAAUCCUGACUUCACAUGCUAUAGCGAUAAAGAGUUAUUAUUGUUAGAAGCAAAAAUGCCACCAAGAAAAUCGCCGUGA